AUGGUCUUUGUUGAUGAUGAUAUAGAUGAUGAAUCAGUAAGUGAUGAUGAAGACUUCAUUGCUGAGGAGGAUGAAUCAGAAGAUGAUGAUGUCUUGGGGGAUUUCAUUGUGGACGAGGAUGAGGACUCAUUUGCAUAUGAUGAUGUUUCUGAGAAGGCUUUUGAGGAUUUCUUAGAUGGUAGCUCAACUAUGGACAGGUUGUAUAGGAAUGGUAAGAUAUGGAAUGAAGAACCAUUUGGGUCCAUUAAACUAGAGCCCUGGUUGAUCUUCCCAACAAGAGAAGUGUUUUUGGAGGUUCUGAGGGAUUUUUGCAUCCAAGAAGGCUUUGGUCUUCUUGUAUUGAAGGCUGAUAGUAAGAGGUUUACAGCUGCUUGCAUAAUGGAAGCAUGUGAAUGGAGGAUACAUGCUUCCAGAUUAACUGAUAAAAUCAGUUGGGCCAUCAAGACCAUUAAGGGGGAACAUAGCACUUGUGGGAGGUUAGAGGAGAACUCCAUGGUCUCUUCUGCUUGGUUGUGCAAGAAGUUGUUGGAUGUCAUUAAAACAACCCCUGAUAUACCUGUUGAGUCUUUGCAAAGGGUAGUUCAAGAGAAGUUUAGGGUGACAGUUAAGGAGAGAUUGUUUUACAAGGUAAAAACAAUGGCUAAGGAGGAGAUUUAUGGAGGGUUUGCUGAGGCUUAUAGCUUACUCCCCACAUAUGCUGAGAUGAUUAAGUCAACAAACCCAGGGUCAUAUGCCCUUAUAUCAUGGACAGGCAACACAGCACAAGUGAGGGGCUUUUUAAGGGGAUGUAGGCCUUUGAUAGGCAUUGAUGGAGCACACUUGAGUGGCUAUUAUAAGGGGAUUCUGUUGUCUGCUUUAGGUGUAGAUGGUAAUAAUGAAAUCUUUUUGAUUGCAUAUGGGAUUGUUGAUACUGAGAGCACAGAAUCAUGGGAGUACUUUUUUAGGAACUUAAGGUUGUGCUUUGAAAAAGAAAGUUGUAACAAGGAAGAUUGGUGCUUCAUUAGUGAUAGGAUGAGAGGGGUUGAUGCUGCUGUGCAUGGGGUGUUUCCCAAGGUUACUAGGAGGGUCUGCUGCCAACACUUAUAUAUGAACUGCAAGAACAUGGGCUGGAGUGGAUCAGCCUUCCACAAACUAUUCUGGGUUGCAGCAAAUGCCUACAACAAAUAUGUGUUCAACAAAGCAAUGGGGAAGAUAUUGGCUCAUGAUAAAGAUGCUGCUGCCUAUCUAGAUAACACCAUAGAGCAAUGGUCUAGGCAUAUGUUUGACACAACAAUCAGUUGUGAUCACAACACCACAAACUUUGUGGAAAGUUUCAAUGCCUGCACAAAAGCUCACAGAGAUCUGCCUGUGCUCAACCUACUUCAAGCUAUAAGAGUGUGGUCAAUGAAGAGGAUUGGUGCAAGGUUUGACAAGGCUAUUGAAAUGGAGCCUGGGCACCUCACUGAUUAUGCUACAAAGGUGCUGGAAAGUAGGAGUGGGGAUUCUAGAUUCUGCCAUGCAACAUCAUGUGGAGGAGGGGAGUUUGAAGUGACAGAUGGUAAUGUCACUUUUCCAAUCAACUUGGCUAGGUUAAGUUGUGGGUGUGGCAAGUGGCAAGGAUGUGGUAUCCCUUGCAAGCAUGCAUUGAGAGUUAUGUACAAUGAGAGAGUUGACCCCGUGGCCUAUGUCUCUGAUUAUUACAAGGGGGCAGCUUACAAGGCAACUUAUGCUGAGCAUAUCCACCCCAUGCCUGAUCACUCUCAAUGGCCAGAUUUCAACCUCCCACUAAUUCAUCCUCCAAACAAGAAAAGAGGUGCUGGCAGACCUCCAAAACAGAGGAAGAGAGGUGUGAAUGAAGCUAAGAAGGCCAAGAGACACAGCUCUGUGAAGUGCAGCAAGUGCAAGCAGAUGGGCCAUAAUGCAAGAACAUGUGGCAAAGGAGAUGCAGGAAAAAAAAGAUCAAGGCCACAAGCUGAGGGUGAGGCUAGCACUUCCAAGAAGACACAGAAGAGAGCAAGAAAGGCCACCUAA